AUGACACAAUUGAACGCAAAUCCAAAGGCCGAGGAAUCGGCACCACUUCAUAUACUGAUCAUUGGUGCCGGAGUGGUCGGCACCACCCUCGCUCAAGCUCUUCGCAAGUAUAAUAUUCCAUUCACAGUGUUCGAGCGCGACGUUUCCGCCACUUCCAGAGGUCAAGGCUGGGGAAUCACAAUCCACUGGGCGCUUCCAAGCCUGGACAUAUGCCUCCCCACACAUAUCCGCGAGAAGCUCUCCGAUAUUCAGGUUGACCCCGAACAGGGGAAGGUGGACCUGGGGAACUUUUUAUUUAUAAACUUACAGACAGGGGCAGUGGAAAGUAAAGUGCCGCCGAACAAAAGGUUGAGGAUCAAAAGGGAGGGAUUGAGAAAGUUGUUGUCUGAGGAUAUUCCUGUUCAGUGGAACAAGAAGCUUGUAAAUUUUGAGACCACGGACAACGGUGUGACAGCGUUCUUUGAAGAUGGGACGACAGCAUCAGGGAGCAUCAUUAUUGGCGCUGAAGGGGCGAGGUCUCGAACCCGUGAAAUCGUCUGCCCAGAUAUGUAUCAGCUGCAGCCUCUCCCAAUUCGGAGCAGUGGGCUCGCAGUUCAAUUCACGCCUGAACAGGCCGCUCCACUCCGAGCCUAUGAUCCGCUCCUAUUCCAGGGAAUGCAUCCAGUUACCGAGGUCUUUCUCUGGUUCUCCACGAUCGAUACACCGCAAACCAAUGCAACAGGCGGAGAUUACUAUACCAUCCAAUUCAUCAUCUCCUGGCGACCCACACCCGGCGAGGAAGCGCCGGCGGACUCAACAGAGAGACUCAAGAAAAUGAAGCAGCAAGCAGCUGAAUUCGCAGAGCCUUUUAGAAGCGCUAUAAUGGCCGUUCCUGAGGGGACGGAAGUGACGGAUGUUAGACUGGCAGAUUGGCCAUGUCUAGAGUGGGAUAAUCGGCGUGGAAGAGCGACGCUGGUGGGAGAUGCCGCGCAUGCUAUGACUAUGUAUCGUGGAGAGGCUGCGAAUCAUGGAAUUAUGGAUGUGGCGAAGUUGGUGGGUAAGUUGGUAGAGGUUCACGAGGGAAAGGUGGGGUUGAGAGAGGCAGUGGAUGGUUAUGAGGAAGAAGUUCGGACGAGAACAAGGCCGGCGGUGUUGUUGAGUAGGAAGGCCUGUAUAGAUGCCCAUGAUUGGAAAACAGUGAUGAGGGGAGAGUCACCAUUGAUGGCAAGAAGAGCGGUGUCAUUGAAGAAGGAUGCCUAG